UCACACGAGAUCCGUCAUUCAUUGGUGUCACUUCCUGUCACUCAGCAUUUCUUUCAGUUAAUUGGCCCUACCCAUGCCGCGCUCCUUUCGCGAUUAGCAACCCUAUAAGGGCAAUUUUCUGUCCGAGUCCCGCCCCUGCCUUCUUCCUGUUGGUCAAGCGCACAGUCAUUGUAGUAAUGAGCAAAGAAUCGGCGGCAGUGGGUUAGGCUUUCGAAGCAGAGAUCUCUGGCCUAUGAGGAAACUGAGGCCCAAAGAGGUUAAGUGACUUGGCCAAGGUCAGCUAGUAAGUGGUGGAGCCAGACUCAAGCCAGUCUAGGAGCCAUGACCACCUUGUUCCCCUCACUCUUCCCCCGUGUGACCGAGACACUGUGGUUUAAUCUGGAUCGACCUUGUGUGGAGGAGACAGAGCUGCAGCAGCAGGAACAGCAGCAUCAGGCCUGGCUCCAAAGCAUCGCAGAGAAAGACAACAACCUGGUUCCUAUUGGCAAGCCAGCUUCAGAGCACUAUGAUGAUGAAGAAGAGGAGGAUGAUGAAGACGAUGAGGAUAGUGAAGAAGACUCAGAGGAUGAUGAAGACAUGCAGGACAUGGAUGAGAUGAAUGACUACAAUGAGUCACCUGAUGAUGGAGAGGUCAAUGAGCCUCCUCUCCAGGUGGACAUGGAAGGCAACGAACAGGAUCAGGACCAGUGGAUGAUCUAGGUAGACAAAGCAGGGUGGCCUCAGGGAGAUUCCAGGCCAGCCCAACCUACCCUGCAUCCCCCCACCCCUGCCCCACAGAACCAGCUGAUGGCCCCAGUGCCUGAAAGUGCCCUUGGGUACCUCCUCAGCUGCUGCCAUGGUCUCCUUGGCACCUCCCAGGCCAUCAGUUUGCUCUUGAAUCCCCAAGGCCUGAGCCCACUCCACCUUUUUGGCCAGUACCUCACCCCUCGGUUGCCAGGUCUGGUUGCUUUCUAACUCUUUAAUAAAGACACAGGAGUGAUUUUUCUUCCCC